GCGGAAGAGUGUCGCAGCACUGGCAGCGAAAGCAGAAGAACGCGCACGUGAAGCCAGUGAGGCAGCGAGGCGGGGAGGGGGAAAAACAUGGCGGCCGCCGUGUUUGUUGGUCGUUUCUGUCGCCUGACUGCUGGACGGACAGCGUCCACGCUCUCAGUCGGAUACCGACGAGCCGGUGGUGUACCGGGGAGCAGCCGCGCCGUCUCCACAACGGCCGCUAACUAUGUUAAGUUCAAACUCGAUGAGCGCACCGCCCACAGCAGCUUGGACCUCUUCAAAAAAGACACUGGUGUCAUCUACCGCAUGCUGGGCAUAGACCCCUCCCAUGUCCAGGACAACCCGGAGCGCUUCAGAGACUGGGCUGUUGUCUUCGGUGACGAGCAGAUCAGCAGCGGGAGACACUACUGGGAGGUGACGGUCAAAAAGUCGCAGGAAUUUCGCCUGGGCGUUGCAGAGGCCCUGAUGUCCAGGGACGACUGCGUGGGAACCACCAGCUCCUCCUGGGUGUUCGGCUACGCUCAGCGGAAGUGGUUUGCCAUGACCAAUAGAAAAACGGUCCCCGUGACUCUGGUGGGGAAGCCGGAGCGCGUAGGCAUCCUGCUGGACUAUGAAGCGGGCCUCCUGGGGCUGGUGGACGUGGAGAACCCCCGGAUCAUAUACGCGCUCAGGGCUCAGUUCACGGCUCCUCUCUGCCCUGCGUUUGGACUUUGGGACGGGGAGCUGGUCACUCACUCCGGUUUGGAGGAGCCUGAAGGCCUCAAAUGAGUCUACUAACAGUAUGAGUCUUCAUGGCUUUAAAAUGACUGGACUACAAUGAAGACCUUAAGAUAAACCACAACAGUUUCUUAAAUGACUGAGGGGGAAAGAAAAGCAAUAUAUUCACUGGGGAUCAUUUUCAUCUUAAAAACAGUGAUUCAUAUUUACAAUCAAUGCAAGUGUGUGUUUGAUGCAUGCUGACGUGUCUCAUUUUAAUGUCAAAAAAAACUUUGAGUGUCAAACUUUAGGGAAAAAAAGCUAAAACAUGUUUAGCUUUAAGGAUCAUUAGCUGCUAGGCUCAUCGUAUUAUGAUUGUUUUAACACACCAUCAACACAAAGCCUUUUCUUAAUGUCAAUAAUGAAGAAUGUCAUUGAAUAAAACCUUCUCACACAGUG